CAAAUAAAUAAAUAAAAACAAAGCAACAAGAGGAGCCUGCAGAAGUGUGGGGGGCCAAUGAAGCAGCGCUCUCUCUGUUCCGGUGUGCAGACUGAGCUGAAACAGCCCAAAGAGCGCUCCGCCUGAGUGGGUGCGGGGUCGAGGAAAAUCUGUCUGAGUAGCCUUCAGCAGCAGAAGGGGAUUAAGCCUUUAGUCUCUAAUUAUUAUAAAGCAUACGUCAGCAGAUAUCCACCCAUUUCAGACUCCGCGGGGCAGCGCGGGGAUGUCCUGCUAGGUGGCCGAGGCAGAGAGAGCACCGUCCUCCCGACGCAGCCGCGACUCAGCGCCGACUCAGCGCCGACUCCGCCGGCACGGCCGCUCCUGCUCCCGCAGCAAGCAUCAUCCUGUGGUAUCCAGCUCAAGAUGGCGGUGCAGGCGGCGGAGAAGGACGGAACAGUGUUGCAGACCUUGGAUGAGGAGCACCUGAACGACUCGCUGGGGAACCCCGGCCUCAUCUCCCCCGACAAGGAGGAUCUGUCCCGUCUGCUGACGGUGCCGUUCAGCGGGCGCAUCCGCGGCGGCAUGCGGCCGGGGAAGAAGAUCAUAGUGAUGGGCAUUGUUGACCUGGAGCCAGACAGCUUCGACAUCAGCCUCACCUGCGGCCGGGAAUCGGAGAAGGAGGAGCCUCCGUCUGAUGUGGCCCUGAAGCUCUCAGCCCGCUUCAGCGACCGCCAGUUUCUGCGCAGCGCCUGUAUCUCUGGGAAGUGGACAGUGGAGGAGGCGUCCACAAGUUACUUCCCCUUCAUCCCCGACCAGCCUUUUAGGAUUGAGAUCCACUGCGAGCACCAGCGGUUCCGGAUAUUCGUGGACGGACACCAGCUCUUUGACUUUUAUCACAAAGUAAAAUCUUUGCCCUCGAUCGACACAGUACGGAUACGCGGAGACCUACAGAUCACCAAGCUCGGUUAACUUCUCUGACGCUCCCACUUUUGUAUGUGUGUGAAUCAAAGACUUGAUCACAGCUGACCACGUGUUCUCCGACCACGUCAUUCAUAAUUCACCACCACGCAACACUGCAGCACCAAAAUGACUGGGCAAAAAAAAACCGUUCCACCAGAGAUAAGUUAGGGUUGGAUUUUCUUUUUUCUGCUUCCUGUCUGAUCUGAUGUGAAGGGGAUCAUUUUCAGACAUUUUUCCUCAUGCUCCUUGCAGCUCAUUAACAGAGCACUCACCAGUCACAUCUGGUUAUAGACACAGAGGCAGGUGUUGGGUACUUUUGGAAAAAUUAUUUUCAUGUUCAAGAAACGGUCACAUAGAAAAAAACAAUAACUGCCAGUAUAAAAGCAGACAGAAGCUUGUAAGUGUCGAUUUCCAAUCUGGUGAUUGACUCAAAGUUUAAACCGAAAGAAAGUACAGUGUGGACCCCUUUCAUCUAAACUUGAGCAGAGACGUGGUUCCUUUACUACCAGAUAAAACAGCUUUUAAUCAAACGGUUGGGACACGUCUGGAUUUGACUUCAUUUUUGUGGCUCUUAUCUUGUGAUCAAAGUGGAGCACAGUACUCAUGCUGAUGCACACCCAGCUCCACCGGCACUCCCCUGGCCUCCCUCGGGUGUAUUCCAGUUGCCAUGGUAACGUGCUGCACACUCACAGACCCAAAAAACCCACAGAUGAGGAUCAUAUCCCGACAGAAUGUUGCACCCUGUAAUGUGUGGACUGCGUUUGCCGGUAGUUUGCACCCAUUUUAGCGGUCACUGCACCCGCUGUCCUCCUGCAGGCAACAACGCUGUUGUCAUCUGCUCGUUUAAAAUUCAUGGCAUAUUUACAAAAAUGCGUGCAAGUGUUAUCUACGAUCCCGAUCCUUCAGUCAUAUUUGCUGGUCAGUCUGGAAGCAGGAUCACAUCCUGAUGGUACUAUUGAAUGUAGUGUUCAUGUUUCUAUAGUAGCAAACACGACGUAGAGAUGCACAGAAUAAUAAUUAUGGUCUUGCAGAAUUUGUUUUUUGUUGUGUUUUUUGGGGCGGUAAGCCUGGUGCUGGUAUAGUCUGUUAUGCAUCUUGUAUAUUGUACUUUUCUUUAAUCAUUCCACACGGUUAUCUCGUCCAUGCUGAGGCAGAUUAACAUUGUAAAGCAGUUUUAAGUUUGAUGCUUCCAGGAGGGUUUUUCAUGCGUCUUACAACUUGAAGAUGCAUUGCGAAGUUUUUGUUAAUACAAUCAUUCCAGUUUUUUGCUUUACUGAUGCAGAAAGUUACUUGAUAAACUGAUAAAUACAUGCUUAUAAUCGUAGCAGAACUGCUUAAAAUGAAUUCUUAACGGUGCUAUGUUUAGACCUGUUUUAUCAGCAUUUGCUCCGGUAAAGUUCAGGUUCAUACAUUCUAGCAAAAGGUUGUAACCCAACCAAUACUUCCUUUUUGUUCAAGUUUAUGCCAAUAGGAACACCUUCUGGGUUGCCAGGUUGAGAAAUAGCCCUGGUGCAUUUAUAUUUAAUGCAGUCAACAGUGUUGAUAAACAUCAAAUCAAUUUAACGUGAAUACGUUGUUUUUUCACAACCUGGCAACCCAGAAACAUUUCUUAUAAACAUGUGUGAGUCAUAAAAUGACUUAUUGACAGUAUCCCAAAUUUAUGUGUUAAAAACCAAUAAACAUGCACAUCUAAAAGGAGGCUUAAUAUCUGCUCGUUUUAGUUUGGUGACAGCAAAACUUGAGAAGUUUGAUUUAUCUUUUAGUUCGUUUUUAAGGGAAAGAGACGAAUGUUUCAGUCAACACAAAACAGAACGGCUAAACUCGUACCAUGCCACGCAACAGUGAAGAAAUCUUGAGUAGUUACCGGUAGGACUUGCACAAAGCUGCACCAGUGCACCUUAGAUGCCUCAAGUAUUUCAUGUCAAGAACAACUUUUUUAUUCUCAUUGUUGUGAAUUUAAAGUAAGCCAUGACAUCUGUGCAGAACAGUUGCACUGACCUCCCUGCAGGGCGCUCAUUACCAUCUUUAGAGGAAGCUUACUUUCCUCAAACCUCUCUAGUAUCUCAUUAUUUUAUUGUGCAGCAUCCAUCAAAACGUAAAGAGGUUACGUCCUAAAUACGUACGGACUGAGAAUUUAUUAGCUCCUUAUUCUAAGCAAUAACAUUGCUGCUGAAGAGACUCUCUUUAAGGCGGAGCUUAAUUUACCCUGGUUGGUCAAACGGGGCCCUUUCCUUUCUCUUGCACUCAUUUAUUUCGGACGCAAACAGGAAACGAGUGCAGUCUGGUAUGCGAGGGUGCAGUGUAGUCCAUUUUAAUGUUUACAUGAAGCAGUGUAACGCAGCAUAGUGUUGCAGCAGAACUGAUGAGCACAGAUGAUGUGUAUAUGUGUUGUCGGAAGCAGUUUUGUGUUGUUUCUGCAGACUGACUACUUGUGUUUCUACAGUUUCAGUGUUCAUGUAAUCCAUGCAACAGCAAGGAUUGUGACUCGGUAGUGUUGCAGUGAUGUAGAUGCAAGACGCGUGCUGAAAGCUUCAUGUUUUAGGUCCUCCGUUGUUACACAGCUGGAGGAGUUGACAUCAGCACAAGUCAUGGGGGAGGGAGAUGGAAAAUUCAAGACUUCCAGAGUUAAAGGGCUCAAACCAGGGAUGUGUGUGUGUGCAUGUGUCUGUGUGUGUGUGUAAUGCUCAUCACACUACAGUUGAACCUAAAAUGUGCAACUUAAAUGGAGUGUUUGGGGUUUUUCCCAUCAGAUUUCCUGCAGUCUGGUACAUGAUAAGCCUGCACGGUACUUGAAUUUCAUUAGCACUUUUAAAAACAGUGUUGGUGUCCACUUAAUAAGACAUAUUAGUGUGGUACGUGUGCUUGGAAAACCACAGCUUAUCCCGUGUUUGUUUGUGAAAUGUAGUGUUUUAACGCUACAGAUCCUGGUCCCUGAUCUCCUAAUGAUCCCGUGGUUUUUGAAGAAAUCACCAUUGAUCACUCCCAACUGUUACAUUGGUGUGCAACUCUUUUUUGAAAGUUUAACUGAAUAACUGAAUGUCACUCUGAUUGUAAGAUAAAUAUCCAGGUGGAAAAAACGAGUCCCUUCAUAGUAAUCUUUGUUUUCUACUCCCCUCCAUUUAAUAAUCCAUGUAAGAUUUGAAGUUUCUAUGUUACCCUGUUUUUUUGGACAUUGGACUUUGGAUGUACAUAUUUCAGUGUGGCCUCAGGGGCUUUUUGUUUUUUUUUUCCUUUUCAAGACAAAUAAGUCAAGUUAAAGUCAGAAAAGUAUUUUGUUGUGCAUGUAAACAAAGAAACAAGACAGAUGGUAUCAAUGUCUUGCCAAUUUCUGUUUCAGUCAAGCAUGCCGUUUUUUAAUAUUUUCAUUUUAAACCAUCCGAGUUAUUUUAUUUCUUUUGAACCGUUUACUCUUACAACCUAGUGUAUAUGAGAAUCCAGGUUCCAAAAAUGACUAAACACGGAGCAGGAUUAUAAAACAUCUGAUUGAAACUAUAUUCCCCUGACUUUCAAGAUGUACGAUGUCUUAUUUCAUAAAGUGCUAAUAGGCUGUGGUGAAAACGGCAUCAUGUCCAUUGAUGAAGUGUCCUCUGAGUAGAAAUAGGCUGAUCUGUCAAUGUGUUGUGCUGUUGGUUGUACAGUUUUCAUUUCUAUUUAUUAAAAUGUAACCAGCGGGGCCGAGUGUGGUUUGAAAACAUAAUGUAUUACUACCAUGUGCUGUUUAUAUGAACGCAUAUUGAAAAUUUAGCCUUUUUAUAAUGAUGAAAGGUUUGUUUUUUGUUUUUAUCACUCUGACAUGUGCGCAUAUCACAAAUUGGUCUUUUCAGAAAGUGUUUGACGUAAGUAUUGGCUCCAACUUCUUGACACAAUGCUAACCAUCAUCUGACUGUUUUUUGGUUGUUUUUUUGGGGGGACAGCUGGAGGAUCGGCAGGCGCGUGGCUGUUGUGACUUUGAUGCUCUCAGAGGUUUUCAUGCGAUCAAGCUUCAAGUCCUACUGCUUGAUCUGUCAGUGAAGCCGCUUUCUGUUGUACAAAUAAAUAAAUAAAUACAGGAGCACCUGGAUUCCCAACAUGAUGCCACUUUCCUGAAAGAUUAGAAAACCCUACGUUUUGUCUGUCGUUGGGAGUGUUCAGUGUAGAUUGUACACUCUCGCAUUGUGUUGGCUCCAACUUUUUCUUUUUCUUUCCUCCUCAUGCUUUUUGUAAAAAUCUCUCUUUUGCAUACCAAUAAACUUCUCAUCGUGCA